UUAUAUGCCCUGUGCUAUAAACAAUAUUAUUAUCUGGAAGACGUUAACAGUGCAUAGGGAAACCCAGAACAUUUCCUGUACUCUUACUAUCACUACUCCUAUCACUUGCAUUAUAGGCAUAUACUGCAGUACAUCAGUGAGAUUUGUGUUGGUGACAGAAGGUACCCUGCCAAAUCCAACUGGGCUGAUUAGUGAUUACAGGAGAUUAUAGAGCCUGGGCCUGUAACAAUACUCACAGACACAUCAGUUUUUCUGACCAAUCAACAUGUAAACAUGUGCUUACUAUGAAACUGAGAAUAUCUGAUAAAGUAGAGUAGAGAAUCAACCUGAAAUAUAAGGUGUUAUCAAAAAUUAAGCGAGAGGGAAGCAGACAUGUUUGGGUGAGUAUUAAAGUGUUUACUACUACUGCUAAUUCGCUAAGGAUCAUUUUCAUUUAGCAUGUCUGGCCAAACACAGCAAGUGUGUGUCAGUGAAAGUGAGAUCUGCUUGAUCUGCUCUCCUGAAGGUUUGUGGAUUUUAUGUCAGAACUGUCAUUUAUUAUUGUGUUUAAGGCAAAAUAAUACAUUUGAUGUAGUAUUUGUCAGUUCUUAGUAGUGCACACUUUAUAAAGCUGGAAAAUGUUUAGACUAUUUCCAGUCUUUAAGCUUAACAUGCUUUGUCAUGGUGAUGAAUUGUUGGACAUACAUUUAAAAUGGAAAGAAAAACUCAAUAAAAAUUAAAAUAUAAAAUCUAACACAGAGUAAAACGGCAUGUAAACUAACUUGAAUUUUCCGUUGCUUUUGUCUGUGUGUAAGCAUGUGAAAAUCUUUCAGGUCACUUGAAGAAAUAACAACAAACCAGGCUGACAUCUGCUUCCCAAAGAGUGAGACACACAUGUGUAUUCCCAAAAGGCCAUACAAAAUCUUGCUUAUGGACAGAAUAUUAUUCUGCUUGCAUCUAGUCUUCAUUUAUUUAUGUCUCUCCAAUGAGCAGCCAGCAAAUCCAAGUUAAAAAUGCCUUGUUUUGAAAGAAAUGCCACUUUGAUGGGAACUUAUAUUUCAGCUUAAUGUCCUCUCCAACAUUUCCUGGUAACUUUUUUCUUCAGUAAAAACAACUGGUUUUAAAUUUCCCAGUUAUUUCAUCUGCUCUUUAAAUAUCCUACAAAAUAUAAUUCACUCACUAAACUGAAGCCUGAGGAAGCUAUCCAAAAUGGCUGUUCUACGAGUAAGAUUCACUAAAACCCAGAGGGACAGGCUUGCCCAGGUGCUUUGGUUGCUGAACUGGAUUUCGGUGGUGACGGGCCUCAUUCUGUUCAGUCUGGGCCUUUUCCUAAAAGUGGAGAUCAACAAGAGGAGGGAGCUAAUGGCUAAACAGGAAGUUCAUUCUGUACCGGAUAUGCUAAUUGCAGUGGGGCUGAUAGCUUGUGUGAUAAAUUUUGUUGGAGGAAAGAUCUGCUAUGACUGUGUAGACACCAACAAGUUCUUGCGGUGGAAGCUUGUGAUGCUCCCUUAUAUAAUUUGCACAUUCUUCUUCACCCUAUGUGUGCUGGUCGGCGCACUAAUGUGCUACACCAUGCAUGGGGAACUGAAGGAGUCCCUAGCACUGGGCCUACAAGAUGCUAUACGCUACUAUAAAGAUACAGACACCCCAGGCCGUUGCUUUCUUAAAAGCACUGUUGACCUGCUGCAGAUCCAGUUCCAGUGUUGCGGUAAUGCAGGCCACAGGGACUGGUUCCAGAUUCAGUGGAUCAGCACUCGCUACCUGGACAUGUCCAAGCGAGAAGUGGUGGACCGUUUACGCAGCAAUGUGGAAGGAAAGUACCUGGUUGAUGGAGUACCUUUCAGCUGCUGUAACAUCAACUCACCUCGACCAUGCAUUCAGUAUCAAAUCACCAACAACUCAGCCCACUUUAACUACGACUACCAGACAGAGGAGCUCAACUUAUGGAAUAAAGGCUGUCACCAGGCUUUGGUGGAGUACUUCACCUAUAUAAUGCACUCAAUCGGCCUUAUUGUGCUUCUCAUCUGGCUCUUUGAGCUCUCUGUGCUCACUGGUGUCCGGUACUUGCAAACUGCCCUGGAGAACGUGCUGCUUCAAGGAGACCCCGAGUCUGAAUCAGAAGGAUGGCUGCUGGAGAACAGCUUUGCGGAGACUGCACGCUCUAGCUUCAACAUCAUAAAAAACCUGGGCAAGUGCAAUCAGAUUGAGGCUGAAAAUGGGGACCCCAAUGUAAACAGGCCAUGCACAGCACACUAUGGUCCUGAUAACGUACCUCCAAAGCAAAUGCCUGUGGUCAGUUAACCUUAUCCCAGUGCAGCUCUGUGCAUUUGUCCAAACUAUCAAAAUCAGACUGAACACCUUAGAAAAGUUUCUCCAUUCUUAUAAAAGUCCUACGAAACAGGGAAAUUAUUUUUUUAACCCUCUGACUGGACUUGGGCAGUGUGCAAACAGGUAGCAUACAGACACUUUUAUUAUAUUCAGUGGAUAAUAGGUGAGCAGAGAGCUUACACUCACACCAGUGAUACAGGACCAUGUCUAAACAUGAGCUAUAAAUAAUGACUGCACAGAACAGCCUAACUUAUUGAAGACUCACUCUGAAACAGAGUAAGUAUAAAGCAACUCAUCAUGAGACUCGAUGCUACAUAAAGUCUUACAUUCACUCUGUGAUCACACUCCUACUAUUUGAGUGAUUUUCAGAAUGCCUCCUGUUGUAUGAUUUUUUUUUAUGUUGUUCCUUGCUUGCUUUAGAUUUUAGCUGCUGCUUUCAGUCUUAUAAUUCACGAACAAGGUAGAUGCACUGUGUUAGUGUGAAUUCAGCAUGAUUUAUUAAUUAGAACAGCAGAAUUAAUUGUAUUAAUUCUCAAACGUGUGCCUUCACCUCAGUGGUGAACUAGGAAUGCUGGUGAGAUACUACCUCCAAAGCCUCUUUUUAAUACCCAAGUUUAAAUACUAUAACACUGAAUGAAAUAUACUGCACUACUUGAAUCAUUUAAAAAAAAAUAAAAAAUUUUAAAAGUGAUUUAAGCUACAGGGCAAUUACCUUGAUUGGUUUCUGUGGAAGAGAUAAGAAAUGUCAUUGGGAAUUUUAAUCCAUAAGCUUUCCUUAUUUUAGUGUACAACACUUUGGGAGAAAUGUCAGUAAAAUAUAUCUAGAACUGUACAACAUGAACAUGCCAGUGACAGAUAAUUAGAUUUAAGUAUGGAUGAAAUCCAGAGGAAGAGACCUAUGAGAUCAAUUAAAUAAUGAAAAUGCAGCAUCAUGUGAGAUAAGGGAACGUUCUGAAGAUUUCAUUUGUCACAUAUACUGAAGUUAAUGUAAGGCUGGAAUGCUUUUGUGUUGUAAAUUGUUACCCUGCUGAAAACCAGAGUUUAAAAAAAUGUAAAACACUGAUGUGUGUGCAGUCUUAAUGAAUAGCUGGAUUUAAAGGUUAAUAUUCUUUUUUUUGACAGUGGCUCUACAGACCAAUCAACUGUUUUUUUUUUUUUUUAAUGGUAACCAAUCCUGCUGAAUCCUGUUGUCAGACAUCUGAUGUUAGCUAAGGCAUGUAAUUUUGAAAUUCUUAUGUGACCCAAAAUGCAAGAUGAUAGUGUAAAGGACCAGGAAACUAAGCAUGAAUAAUAUACAGUUGGAAAUUUAGUUACCUUUCACAUAGUGUUUUCAGAAAC